AUGUACCACAUUGGUGGGCAGCAGCCACCCAGCGCAGUUCCUAGACCAAACGUAAUGAUGUACCACAUUGGUGGGCAGCAGACACCCAGCCCAGUCCCUAGACCUAACGUAAUGAUGUACCGCAUUGGUGGGCAGCAGCCACCCGGCCCAGUCCCUAGACCUAACGUAAUGAUGUACCGCAUUGGUGGGCAGCAGUCACCCAGCCCAGUCCCUAGACCUAACGUAAUGAUGUCCCACAUUGGUGGGCAGCAGCCACCCAGCCCGGUCCCUAGAACUUACGUAAUGAUGUACCACAUUGGUGGGCAGCAGCCUCCCAGCCCAGUCCCUAGACCUAACGUAAUGAUGAACCACAUUGGUGGGCAGCAGCCACCCAGCCCAGUCCCUAGUCCUAACGUAAUGAUGUACCACAUUGGUGGGCAGAAGCCACCCAGCCCAGUCCCUAGACCUAACGUAAUGAUGUACCACAUUGGGGGGCAGCAGCCACCCAGCCCAGUUCCUAGACCUAACGUAAUGAUGUACCACAUUGGUGGGCGGCAGCCACCCAGCCCAGUCCCUAGACCUAACGUAAUGAUGUACCGCAUUGGUGGGCAGCAGCCACCCAGCCCAGUCCCUAGACCUAACAUAAUGAUGUACCACAUUGGUGGGCAGCAGCCACCCAGCCCAGUCCCGCUACAAGAGUAUUACAGUUCUCCAUUGCUUCUUACAUUCUGUACACUGUACUACGGCAAUAAACUGUUGGUGGUUCUUACCUUGAAAUCGGUAGAAGCUAACCAAACUUAA